AUGAUGUCUGGCGAAGCGUGGCUGUUCCUUUUGGCGGUGUUGAUCAACGCCGUCAACCUGUUCCUGCAGGUGUUCUUCACCAUCAUGUACAGUGAUCUGGAAUGCGACUAUAUCAACCCCAUCGACCUCUGCAACCGCCUCAACGCCUACAUUCUGCCCGAAGCCGCCGUCCAUGGCUUCUUGACCUUUUUGUUCUUGAUCAACGGAUACUGGGUUGCCCUUAUUCUUAACCUGCCCCUGCUUGGAUACAACAUUAAGAAAAUUGUUGACAACACCCACUUGCUUGACGCCACCGAGAUUUUCCGAAAGCUCAAUGUCCACAAGAAGGAGUCAUUCAUUAAGCUGGCUUUCCACUUGAUCAUGUUCUUCUUCUACCUCUACAGCAUGAUUGUUGCUCUCAUCCGCGAUGAGUCUUCGUAA